AUUCAUUAAUACGCACUCGUCUCUUGGCCAGUGCGGUUCCAGUAAUAAGUUAUAUACCUAAUCAAAUAUUCAUCGUCCAACAUCCAGCAUCCGGCAUCCGACGCACUACGCCGCCAUCUAGGGGUUAUUCCUUACUAGGAUCGUGAGACAAUUGACAAGCCUCAUCUCACUUCUACCACCACAACGCUAUCGCAAAUCAGGGGCUUCCCUGGGCAAUCCUGGUUCUUUCGAAUUGAGGAUUCUCGAACAUCUUUGCCUCGUUGUGAUUCGCUCCGACGCCAUCACUGAGAGCCAGAACUCUCAUAAACAAGAUCGACGAAGAUCAGACCGUCAAUCUCUUAGUGGAAGCACGAAUUGAUUUCGUUUCUCGUCUCCACUAACACCUCAGCGACCAACGCGCAAUUUCUUUGUGUUUUUCUCCUUGGGCUCGAUCCAAGGCCAGUCCUUGUGUCAUCCUACACUUCGAGCCGGCCCCCCGAUGCUCGACCAUGCGAUCAUGACCUACGGCGGAGGACACGCAGACGGGGUUGACCUCGCGAUUCCGAGUCCUGGAUCACCACCCGGCAUGACUACGUCCGCUAUCACUUCUCGGGCGUCGUCCGUACGUUCGUUCAACUCCGACGACGGCGAUGAUGCCAUCACGACAGAUGUCGCCCAUUUCGAGGAGAUUGGCCUUGAUGACGACGUCGCCUCUGUUGACCCGUCCCACUACCGUAACACCCAGAUUAAGUCGGCUCCAAAUCCUUACAGUGCCUCCUUUGCCUCCGACCUUCGCGCCUCGUCUGCGAAACAUGUCGGACCCAAAAUUCACCCUCAACCUCGUGAUCUAGCUCGCCCGCGCCCGCAACUGCGCACAAAUCAGUCCUUCUCAGGGCCACGACCUAGAGCGCCGACUUUGAGCGCACAGUUCCGCGAUACCAGUACUCGUAGUCUCAGCACAGGCAUUGGCCAUGAUCCCCAGCCGGGUCCGUUGCCAUUGCGUAGCCUGUCCGUACGGUCCGCUUCUUCCACUGCCGCAUCCCGCCGUCGUCGAAGUCCGAGUCCCAACGUUAACGCUCGAUCGCUAAGUCCUCGAGACAUGAACCUCGCAGUACCAAAGCAACGACGAAGCAGCUGGCAGAUGGGUAGGGAACCGAAAUCGGCAAUCGACUUAGAGAAGGAAUGCGAUGACGAUGACGACGACAACAUCCCAGAUGAUCUCAUCCUAGAUAAUGUUCCGCUAUCACCUCGCCCACCAAUGGAGCGGUCGGCUAGCCGCCCAAGUUCUACCUCCACCUCCCCCGAAAGGCGGCCUAAAGAACGUGUUCGUAGCGUUGGAAAUGGCACGCCACCAGUUGCUGUCCAUCAGGGCAGCUUGAAGUCCCCGGCGUGGAAAACCGAUUCGUCAUCCACGGAUUCAAACCGGUCAUCUACAUCCUCUUCGGCAAAGGGUCGUGCUAAGAGCUGGACUGCCGCCAUUUCAGAACUUAGUCCCGAAGCGAAGGCCCUCACCGAAAAGCUAGAGGAGCAUGCGGAUGAGCUCGACAAGCAUGGCCUACACUCAUCAUACGAUCGACCCGUACUGAAGCCGCGUGUGAAAUCUGCGUUAGCCGAGCUUCCUCCUCUUCGACGCUCUAACAUCAUGAUCGAUCCCUUACCCGUAUCUAAAGAGAAGGAGGCUGUCCUCUCGCGAACAAGGCCAUCUUGGCUGCCGCCGAAGGACCCCGCAGAAGAGAAGAGACAUCUUAGAGAGUACAAGAGAAUGAUGGCAAGCAGUAUCGAGGCCGACAAGAAACGAGAGGCCGCCCAGAAGGAGAAAGAACGCACUAAGGAUAAUGCUGCAAAGGCUCUGAUGCAAGUUUGGGAAGAUGACGUCUUGAAGAGAUGGGAUGCUGCCGUACGCGAACGUCGGACCCGUGAACUGUGGUGGAAAGGUGUAGCGCCACACAGUCGAGGUGCUGUAUGGACUCGGGCUAUCGGAAACGAGCUCGGUCUGACAGAAACGUCAUUCCAGGCUGCCCUGACAAGGGUUCGCGAGGUAGAAGAUCGUUGCGCGGCUGGAAAAGCGAGCGCUGAGGAUGAACGCAAGAUGGCUUGGUUUACUCAGAUCAAGACAGAUGUGGAAGAGCGAACUUGGGCCGACCUAAAAAUCUUCCAAGCUGGCGCUCCACUGAACAAAGGCCUCAUCGAUGUCCUUAGUGCAUAUGUCAUGUAUCGGAGUGACAUCGGUUACGUCUCUGGCUGCAAUACCAUCGCAGCGAUGCUUUUGCUUAAUGUUGCUACACCUGCCGCUGCCUUUGUCUCUUUAGCCAACGUCUUGAAUCGGCCUCUUCCUUUUUCUUUCUAUGCUUCUGACGUCGGGGCUAAGGCAUCAGCAUUCAACCUGCUCCUUCAGACAUUAGGAACCAAGUCUCCACGACUUCAUCAACAUCUCAUCAAUCCAGAGCUCGCUUUUGAGCCGAAUGACUAUCUUAGCGAGAUAUUCACGUCUUGCUUUACACGCCAUUUCAGUCUUGACGAAUGCACCCGACUAUGGGAUGUAUACGUAUUUGAAGGGGAUGCUGUUCUCAUCCGCGCAGCCGUGGCCAUGUUGUUAGAUCUAGAAGUACCCCUUCUCAACGCUAACACCACCGCUGAGGCACAGAGGGUGAUCGAGUCUAGGAAUAAACUAGACCAACAGGAGAAAGUCGAUGCAUGGAUGGCUAGGGUUCGAGAUGCGGGCAAAUCAUGAGCCCAUUUCGACCAGCUCAGCUAGGGUUAAUCGAUCUGCGCCCAGCUACUAUAUAUUUCUAAUACGCGAUCUUAAUCGGCCUCUUUUUGGGUUUGCUGUGGGAAGGCGAGUUUGGAUCAUAUAGGAGACGGAGUAGAGACACGAGAGCCGCUCAAUCUAGCGCAGAUGGGCUGGCGGAAGAAAAGGGCCCUGGAAUGAAUCAUGAAAUGGGAAAGGAGCUAUAGAAUACUUAAGGUGAUAGACGGGGGCGAAGAGGACCUAAUUGCUAGUUUUACCCUACCUAUUAACCAAGCGCACAAACUCUAUAUUAUGUGCCUUCUCUUCUGCUCUCCGCCUUUUUAACUGUUGCCUUCUCGGCGACGGAUUAGGUAUAUAGCCUCGUUUCUAGAUCUACUAUAUAUAGGAACUAGGCUAGUUUAUUUGAUGUUUUCGAUUUGUGUAA